AUGUUGGCCAAAUUGUUUGAAAUUCACGGCAGAUUUUGUGUGAGCCAUCCACUAGAAAUAAUAGUCACAACACUGACACUAACAGCUUGUAUGCUCAAUUUGGAUACUGGAAAUUCAGUAUCAAAAGACGAAAGAUUACCUGGCGCCUCAAAUUGUUGGAAUGGGCGGUGUAAUUCUGAUGAUCACAAUGCUGUGGAUGUAAUUGUAAUGACAAUAAUACGAUGCUUAGCUAUUUUAUUUAGCUACCAUCAGUUUCGCAAUCUUUAUAAGCUUGGAUCUAAGUGGAUUUUAGGUAUUGCGAUCCUGUUUAUCGUUUUCUCCAGCGUUAUAUUUACUACCAGUGUUGUUAACUUUAGCCGUAGUGACGCUUCUGAUCUCAAGGAUGCUUUGUUCUUCUUUCUAUUGCUCAUUGAUUUGAAUAAAGCUGGAGUGUUGGCGCAGUUAGCGUUAAGCUCAAGAAGUCAAGAAGAAGUGAGAACGAAUAUUGCUCGUGGGAUGUCACUUUUAGGGCCUACAAUUACUUUGGAUACGCUUGUAGAAAUUCUUCUUAUAGGAAUAGGAUUACUAUCAGGUGUAAAAAGACUUGAAAUACUUUGCAGCUUUGCUUGCCUUGGUAUUGUUGUCAAUUACAUUGUAUUUAUGACACUUUACCCAGCUUGUUUGUCAUUAAUACUUGAGCUGUCAAGAACUAAUAUCGGAGUAGGAACACUAAGUGCUGAUACAAUAUUAAUGCUACAUUCAUUAAAUGAAGAAGAUCAAAAGCCGAAUCCAGUGGUAGAACGUGUUAAGUUGAUAAUGAUCGCAGGUCUCUUUGUUGUUCAUGCUCAUAGUCGUUGGCCAUUUAAACACCACGAUGAUGAUAAUCCGGUAGAAGUCACAUCUCUACCAAUAAAUUCACAUGUGGUUAUAACAAAUCAUAAUAAAUCGAAGACACCAGAUGACUUGACAGAACACUUUAUGAAUUGGCUAUCCAUCAGUGCAGAUAAUAUUGUCAUUUUAAUACUUUUACUAGCUUUGGCGCUUAAAUUUAUUUUUAUUGAAGACAAAGGUGACAUUGCUAAACAAUUACAAUUCAAAGAAGAGGAAGAAACAUCGCCUGAAACACAAUCGUUGGAUGAAAAUAUGGAUACAAUGCACGCUACAUCCCUCGAUGUUUCUUUAAGACAAAGAUUUGGUAACACUUUACCAAAUAUUCAUACUUCAGUAUUUCCUUUAACUGAAAUGAAUGACAAUUGGAUUGAAGUUGGUAAUGAAAAUCAUAUUGAACUUGAGGACAAAGAAGUACAAACAGAUGUUAAAGUUUACAACAAUGCUGAUCAAGUGAAUAAUGAAUUAUCAUCUUAUUUAAAAGAACCUGAACCAAGGAGUGUUGAAGAUUGCUUAGCAAUAUAUCGUUCGGAGUUGGGAGCCAGUGGAUUGACAGAUAAAGAGGUGAUUCAACUAGUACAACAUAAUUAUAUUCUUCCUUAUCAAUUAGAGAAAGCAGUUGAUGACAUGGAACGUGGUGUUGGUAUUCGUCGCUUGUUAAUUACCGCUGCUGCUAAAUAUAACGAUGAAUUGUCAGAUUUACCUUACUUUAAUUACGAUUAUUCUAAAGUAUUAGGAGCUUGUUGUGAAAAUGUUAUUGGAUACAUACCUGUACCAGUUGGAGUCGCAGGUCCAUUAUUAAUUGACGGUGAGUUAUUCCAUAUACCAAUGGCAACAACCGAAGGUUGUCUCGUUGCAUCAACAAAUCGAGGAUGUAGAGCAAUAUCUAAAUGCGGUAUAAGAAGUCGUGUUUAUGAUGAUGGAAUGACUCGAGGACCAGUAGUUAGGUUUCCAGAUAUUGUACGUGCAAGUGAAGCUAUGGCAUGGAUUCAAAAUUCUGAUAAUUAUGCUGAAAUUAAACGGGCAUUUGAUGGAACAAGUAGAUUUGCCAAAUUAACUAAAAUUCACGUUCGCAUUGCUGGUAGACAAUUAUUUAUACGAUUUGUUGGGAAAACUGGUGAUGCAAUGGGGAUGAAUAUGCUAUCAAAAGGAACUGAAAAAGCAUUAGAAUACAUAAAAGAUUAUUUUAUGGAUAUGGAAAUAUUGUCACUUAGUGGUAAUUUUUGUGCUGAUAAAAAACCAGCUGCUGUCAAUUGGAUUGAAGGAAGAGGUAAAAGCGUUGUGUGUGAAGCCAUUGUACCUGCUGAUAUCGUAACAACUGUCUUAAAAACUUCAGUUCAUUCAUUAGUAGAUGUGAAUAUUAAUAAAAAUUUAGUUGGAUCCGCUGUUGCUGGUAGUAUUGGUGGAUUUAAUGCUCAUGCUGCUAACGUUGUUACUGCAAUUUUUAUUGCGACAGGACAAGAUCCAGCGCAAAAUGUUGGAAGCAGUAACUGUAUAACACUUAUGGAGCCUUGGGGGGAAGACGGAAAUGAUUUAUAUAUUUCUUGUACAAUGCCUAGUAUUGAAAUAGGUACAAUUGGGGGUGGAACAGGAUUACCAGCUCAAAGUUCGUGUCUUGCGAUGUUGGGUGUUAAAGGUGCUCAUGAAGAAGAACCUGGUACGAACGCUAAUAAAUUAGCACGAAUUGUUUGUGCCACUGUUCUUGCCGGUGAGUUAUCUCUCAUGGCUGCUCUUACUGCCGGUCAUCUAGUCAAAAGUCAUCUUAGACAUAAUCGCUCAUCUACAGCUGUUUGUAAUCCAGUAAAAUCAACUGGAGAUGAAAAAUUAUCUUUACUAGUACCAAAUCGAUUGUCAACACCACAAUUUAAAAGAACGAAUAACGCCAGUUAG